AUGAAAGUCCAAGUGAUCAAUAAGGACACUGUCGACGCAGCACUCGAUAUUCUCAAGAAUUGCAAUACUAAGCGAGUCUGUAUCCUCAAUUUCGCCAAUGAAACCAAUCCAGGCUCAGCCUGGCGUUCCGGUGUUAUAGCUCAAGAAGAAGAUAUCUGCCGUCGAACCAGCCUUCAUUUGACUCUGAAUAAAAAGUUCUAUCCGCUACGUUACGAGGAUGCGAUAUAUUCGACUGAAGUCCUAGUGAUCCGAGAGAACUUUGCUUCGCAACAUAAAUUGUUCGACGUUACAAGACCGGAAACCCUGCCCUCUAUUAGCGUCAUCAGCAUGGCUGCGAUAUAUGCCCCAAAAACCGACAGUGGAAGAACCAAGUAUCUGGACCCUGUUGAAAGAGACCAAAUGAAGAGUCAGAUUCGUUUGACUCUUUCUAUUGCAGCAGUAAACAGUCAUCGAUAUUUGGUGGUAGGUGCAUUCGGGUGCGGCCAUUACAAGCACCCCCUCCAAGACUCUGCCCAGUGCUGGAAAGAAGUCUUGCAGGAACCGGAAUUCAGUUGUCGAUGGGAAGGGAUAUACUUUGCUAUCACGGGCGGACGGAAUAAGAAUGGUAUAAGUAUUUAUCAGGAGGCUUUAGAUGGGCUUACAGUUUGA